CACAAUCUACAUGCAUACAUAACCUCACUUUUAUACGUCAAAAUAAUGCGUGAAUGUGAUUAAAUCGUAAAAUUCCAAAAAAUAUAUAAAAAAAACUUUUUGCCAUGAUAUCUGCUACCCGCUUGUUUGUUGGGAAUCUCCCAGAAAAUACAGAAGAAAAAGAAUUGUACUCGGCCUUCUCUCAUUUUGGAGAGAUAACGAGUGUGGAUUUGAAAUGCAAACCUGGCGAUACAAAAGAAAGCAAGAAGUUUGCUUUUGUUUCGCUAUCCGCUGAUAAUGGGAAUGUGGAAUCAUGUAUCAAACACUUUACUAAGGCAGAUUUUAAGGGCCACAUACUUUAUGUGACCAGAGCAAGAGAAAGUUUCUUAGAAAGACUACAAAGGGAGAGAGAACUAGCAAAAAUCAAAGAAGCUGAAAAGUUAGCUGAAGAAGAAAGUUUACCCAAGGAUAAUCCUGUAUUGAAAUUAAGUAGCAAACUGAAUCCGAGAAAAAGGAAAGCAGAACUAAACCAAGUGACAGAGCAUAACCAUAGAAGUAAUAAGCAAGUAGAGGAGUGGAAUAAAUCUUAUGAAUAUCAACAGAAAACACAGAAACAUCAAAGAGAUGAAUCCCGUCUACUUGUCGGAGACACCGCUGAUAACAAAAACUUGUCUGCUGCCACUGAAGCUGAUAAAAGGAAGCAUGAGGCAGAAAAAAAACGAUUGGAAUCCAUGAAGAAGAAGAGGCAGGAGUUUAAGGAAAAGAAAAUGAUCAUCAAAUCUGGAUUAACUGGUGUUGAUAAAGUACAAAAUAAAAAAGUAAUAUUUUCUGAUGCGGAGGAUGAAACACCAAGAGUAACAAAAACACAUACAAUUACAAAUAAAAGACACCAAAAUACGGUCCUAUUUGAAGAUGAUGAUGCUGAUGAUUCCAAUGAUGAAUUGAACUUUGAAGUUAAAAAACAAUUUGAAGGCAAAAAGGGCCAGAAGGUUUUAGAUUUGCAAUCGAGAUACAAAUCUGAUAAACGUUUCACCUUAGAUGAAAGGUUCAUUGACGAUGAUGAGGAUGAGGAAAGUGAGAAUAAACAAAGCAACACUACCGAAGAAGUAGAAUUAGGUACAGAAGAUGAAAAAGCUAAACAAAUGAAUAUAUUACAAGAUGUACUCGGUGUUACACUUAAAACUAAAUAUUCGGAAAAUAAUGAUAGCAAAAAAAGCAAACCUAAACCAGGAAUGCUUCGAUUUGAUCCUCUUCAACCGGAACAUGCCAAAUUCUUGGCGCCAGUUGAACCCAAACCGGACCUAAAUAAAAAAAUAAAGAAAAAAACUAAAGAUAAGCAAGAAGUUGUAAAAGAAGUAGAACCCGAACCAGAAGGACCGAAGAUUGAAGUUUCAAAAGAACAAUUUUAUAAAGUCAGUGAUGCAUUGAAAGAAGCUAUUGCACAACCAAGUCAAUUUAGUUUGAGAAGUCUGUUUGGCAGUAAGGAUAAUGACGAAGAUGAUGAUGAAAAUAAAGGCCCACAAGAACAAGAAACUGACUACAUACCCCUUGAAGCUCCGAAAGCAAAAAAAGUGAAAAAUCCUCUAGAUCCUAAAGAGAAGAAUCCAUUUGUUUACGAUUCUUCUGACUCGGAAACUGAGGAAGCAGAUCCAAAAGCGGACAAAGUGGAGAAAAUGGAGACUUUACCAGCACCUGUGACUGAAACUAAAGCUGUGUGGAAAGAAAAUUUAUUCUUCACCAAAUUUGAUUCACGGCUUAAAGAAGGAUUAGAGUCCUUCAACAAAGCACCUGAAAACGAAAUUCAAAAGGAACGAAGGGAAUUGAAGUCACUGAUGAAGAAACGCAUCUAUAACAAGGACAGAAAGAACCAAAUGUUCAAAAAGAAGAUAGGAGGCAAAAAGAAAUCUUUAAAAAAACCAUAUAGAAAUAAAGGUUGAUAAAAAAAAAUUUUCAAGAAAUAAAUUUGUUAUAUUUUA